UCUACUGAACGAUGGCGCUAGAUCGCAGGAUACUGACACAGUUGAUCCUGAUAUAGUUGGUAACGACUUUGAUCCGGAAGCCAAUGAAGACACUCAUGCAGCAAGGAUUUUCCAGGAUCAGCACGCCUCUGACUUCGGGUAUUUCGGUCAGUACACGAUUGUCAUCACGGGGCUCGUUAACAGCAAGCCCAGGGCCAUCUUCAAAUCAUGCAUUUUUCCGCUCAGUCUCGCGCUGUUUCUUUCAUUUCUUGCGCAGCGCACCGCUCCAGCAUGAUCAGAGCCAAUUGUUGACGACGGCAAUGUUGACAGAUGACGGGAAUGAGGCUAAAGCAUCAACUGCAUCUCACAUGGCCAGUCUCGAGAAUCCCUUCCUUGCGACGUUGCCGGCCAUGUCAGAGUCGCUUUUGAUGCUCGAUCGCUUCUUUGCGACUACAGCACCUAUAUUGCCGUUCAUCGCCAAAGCGACCUUGAUCACGUCUCUGAGAGAACUGACCUCUGGGUCCUGUGAGCCGGGAUCAUGGACGAAACGAGCGCUUGUCAAUAUCGCAUUCGCGCACUCGUGUAUGGUGGUUGGAGACAUUCGAAGCGACAUUUUUUUCCGCCGAAGCUUGCAUUGCGUGAUCUCUGAGACCCUCAGGGGUGCCAACAUAAGACUCAUACAGGCGUUAUUACUUGUGACGAGCUAUCAGCAGCAACAGCAAAUGUCAGUUAAAAGCUGGACAUACCAUGCUUUGGCAGUGAAAGCUGCCUUCCAGCUCGGCUUGCACUGCCCAUCCAGCUAUAAAGAGAUCUCGCCGUCAGACGCUGAACUCAGUAAGAGACUGUGGUAUUGCUUAAUCAACCAGGAUAGAAUGCUUUGCAUGUGUUUAGGCAGGCCGUGCCUUAUCCCAUCACACUACAUAUGUACGCCUCGCCUAGAAGACCCAAACAGCACAUGCCGUAUUUCAUCGAUCGGGCACGACUACCAGACUGAGAGUCUUCUGCAUCACAAGUAUCAAACUGAUUUGUAUUGCAUCGUUGCAUCCGUCCUGAGUGAUAUGUAUCAGCAUAACAUCGAAAGGGAAGAGUCGUUGAGCACAUGGACUUUGCUAGCAACGAGAUUGAAAUUGUUCCACCUAUUCGAGGAGUGGAAUCGCAAGCUCGAUCCGGGUCUCGAGCUAAUAACACCACAAGAAGUCAGCACGAUUCUUUCCUCUCAAAGGGUCGAGGAUCGAUUCAGGCUUUCUCUAACAAUGCACUACUACCGAGCCCUCAUCUUGCUUAAUGGACCGGUUCUCACACAAGUGCUCGACAUUGCCAUUGGCUCUUCACACACGAAUGCAGAAGCCGUGCCUUUUGUUGAGCACUGCUUACCGACUCUCAGAAGCGACUUCGUUGCGCUCGAGAACAUGCACCAGAUACUCUCUGUUCUCUCGCAAUCAGAAGAUUUCUUAAACCAGAACAACAUGUGGUGGCUUUGCAAUCACGCCAGUUCGUCAGUAGCCAUGCAUCUUUUCUGUCUUGCACUGCUCUAUCAAGUGCAUCCCAAUUUGGAAGUCUUGAUUGGUAUUCCAGCAGUCAAGAUCAGGCAGGUUCUAGGGGAAUGUCUCGAUAACAUGAGACUGUUGCAACGGACGAGCGUGCUGUUUCGGCGAGCUCGUGAAGCCAUUCACAGAUUUACUCAAAAGCUGGAUUCAGUUUCAAGUGUGAGGGAGCGCAAUACACCGAGCACUGUUGUCUCCGACAUCGCUCGACCCUUUGAUUUCGACUUCACGCAGUACGAUUUGAGCACGACCAACGACCUCCUCGGACAGUCAGAUCUUGAUCUUCUACUCGGUGACGGUCUGUAUUGCUGAACCCCCAUUGACGACUUCGAGAAAGUCCAAAUCCGGCCCCGAACAAUCCGAACAAGAAGCUAGACUUCAGUCUAGGUCGCCACCCGAUAAGCCGAAAAAUGUCUGGAGGGCCUGCGUUUCGACGCCCUUGUCGUAAAAAUUUCGCCGCAUUCAUACAAUUCAAUCGCAAAAAGGGUAAAACAAAACACUGCAUUGCGGCCAUCUGGUCGAAUGCUUCUGCAAGUCCUUCCG